AUGGACGGGGUUCAGGCCGAAAAUAGAUCGCGACGAUACGAUGAUGAGGAGCAGGCGGAGGAGGAUGAGACGAAUAUGGUGGUCCGUGUGGGCUUUACGUCGAUUCUGUAUCCGUAUGGCACUUGUCGUGUCGUCUCAUUGCACGGCACAUACGGUGACCGCCGGACGUGUGCCUUUUUUCUGCUCGCUUGUCAAGGACGCGUGGAUAAAGAGUCAAAGCUGGAGAUGUGGCCCGCUUCUUCGAACCCCGCUGGUGAGCACCAGCAGGGCAGCAUUGAGAAGGAUUAUCGAAACUUCGAUCGUGGAGAGGGAGGGGGGGGUGGGUGGUUGGGAACUAACACAAGCACCCAGUGGAAGCGCAAGGCAAGAUGGUGGAUCUGGAGAGGAGGCGGUAAGGCGAGUCCCAAUGGAGCCCACUUGUCAAUUAUGGUAUCGACUACACUACAAGUAUUGACUUGCGACUUGGGUUAUACUAUCCAGAGUCCAGGAUCUGAAUCUCGUGAUACCGACGUCGAAGAGGUGAUUCGAGCUCAUGAAAUUGUUCAUACCUUUGAAUAUCCGCGCUAUUCGUCAGGCACAUGCCAGACUAUUUCUGACCCCGAAUGUUACGCCUCUGCUGUCGAUGUGAGGGUCUCCUCCGAUGCUCAGAUUUCAGAAUGGGUCGCCGGCCCCGCCGAAACCCUCGUGGUGUACACGAGUAGGCCCGAGACGUCACGGACAUUUGACAUUGUCCUUUGA